AUGUUGUUUCCUGUAGCCGGCGCUCAUAGUUCGGCUUUCAUGUGCAUCUGGGGAUGCCGCAGGCGGAUGUACUCGCUGCUGUUGCGGCGAUCUUGCUUCUCCAGCAGCGCUUGGCAAACACGUCUUCUGGACUUGACUCAGAAGGUGCCCGAUGAGAUCUUCUCAUCAGACAAGAUUGCGUCUGUGUUGGAGUCUUCCCGUGCGUUCUGCAAGUUGCAGGAUGCAAAGCGUGAGCUGGAGAAGCAGCGCCAAGCGGACUUGUCUGCUCAGGAGAACGGGCAAAGCAGUCCGGAUGAGGAGUUGGUUGCGCUGUAUGACUCCGAGCUGCAGGCGGCUGAUGAUCUCCUCCUCGCACAUGGCAGAGUAUUAGAACAGGACUUGCGGAUUUGA